CUGAAUGGGUCGUUCGCGCUCCGCAGCUCGGGCCGCCGCUGCUCAGGCCGCCGCAGAUGAUCCUGCACAGAGUCGGUCAAAGAGAAAAAAAUCGACUCAGAAUGUAGAGACUAACGAGAGUGCACCUCCUGAGGUUCCGGGAAUAACUGAUGGGAAGAAGGCGUUAUAUCAUUGUAACUAUUGCAACAAAGACAUAUCGGGAAAGAUACGGAUCAAGUGUGUAAUAUGUUCUGAUUUUGAUCUCUGUGUCGAAUGCUUUUCUGUUGGAACCGAGGUCCGACCCCACAAAAGCAAUCAUCCUUACAGAGUCAUGGACAACCUGGCAUUUCCUCUUAUAUGUCCUGACUGGAAUGCUGAUGAGGAGAUGUUGCUUCUGGAGGGUCUUGAAAUGUAUGGACUAGGUAACUGGAAUGAAGUAGCAGAACAUGUCGGAACGAAAAAUAAAUCACAAUGUAUUGACCAUUAUGAUAAAAUAUAUAUGAAUUCUCAGUGCUUUCCUCUUCCGGACAUGUCUCAUGUGAUGGGAAAGAACAGAGAGGAACUUCUUGCUAUGGCCAAAGAACAUAGUGAAACCAAGAAAGGAGCUACCACAUCAGGAGAAGUUGGUGGGAAUGAAGAUCCCGCUGUUCCCACGGAAAUCAAGAUGGAAGAUCAAAGAAAUGAAGGUCAAGCUGGACUUUCGUCCUCAAGCAUCUCUUCUGAGGUAGACACUGUUGGAGGUUCCAGCUCCAGUAAAAUAUCAUCUGAAGCUGUUAAGAGGACAUCCAGCAAAGCCCCAAGCACAGAUGGUCCUGAUGUCGUCAAAGUUGAAGCAUCUGCCAUGUGGCCUGAGUUUCACACAGAUAGGAGCAUUGGGGAGAAAAAACCAAGGACAUCUGGGGAUGAAGGUGUUUCUGUGAAAGAACUAAGUGGAUAUAAUUCCAAGAGACAAGAGUUUGAAGUUGAAUAUGACAAUGAUGCUGAACAGUUGCUCGCUGACAUGGAAUUCAAGGAUUCAGAUACUGAUGCUGAGCGUGAACUGAAAAUACAAGUUCUGCAUAUAUACUCCAAACGGCUUGAUGAAAGAAAAAGAAGGAAGGACUUCAUCUUGGAGAGAAAUUUAUUGUAUCAUGACCCUUUUGAUAAGGAACUUACCUUAGAAGAGAAGGAACUGUGCCGUCGCUACAGGGUAUUCAUGCGGUUUCAUUCUAGAGAGGAACACAGUGAGUUGCUGAGGAGUAUCGUUGAAGAACAAAGGCUUUUGAAAAGAAUUCAGUACCUUCAGGAAGCUCGGGCAGCUGGUUGCCGUACAUCUUCUGAGGCUGAGAGAUUUAUUGACCAAAAAAUGAAAAUGGGAAUUGAGGAAAAUGCCUGUCGAGCAAAGGAGCACUCUCAGCCCGGUCCAGGUGGCAAAAAUUUGCAGAGAACUAAUUAUCAGAAAGGAGACCAAGAUUUAUUAGAUCAUGGUGGAAAAGACUCUUCGACAGACUCCAAGGGACUCACUAGUUUUGAUGUCUUGGAUAAUUGGGAUGUCACUGGAUUUCUUGGAGCUGAUUUACUCUCUGAAGAUGAGAUACAGCUAUGUGGGGAGAUGAGAAUCCUACCAACACAUUACCUCAACAUGCUGCAAACCAUGUCAAUGGGAAUAUUAAAUGGAAACGUAACCAAAAAAUCCGAUGCACAUGACUUGUUCAAUGUCGACCCAAACAAGGUUGAUAAAGUGUAUGAUAUGCUUAUGAGGAAAGGGAUUGCUCAAAUGUGACCGAUAUCAAGAAGUUAUUCUCUACGAUUGUUAAGUUGCCUGUGUGCACAUACUCUAAGCAAUUAACAUUUAACUUUGAAAUUCAAUGGCACACCUAUGUAAUCACUACUUUUCUUCCCAUUGUAUGAGAAGUAUCUUGGAUGGUAACAAUACUGCAGAAAGUUACAAAUGUUGAAAAUCCUGGAUUAAAGGAAAGUCCUAUUUUCGAUUGCAUCCUUCAUUCUGCUAAUAAAUUCAUCAACUGCCAUGGUUCCCAAUUCCCCACCGAACCUCGAUCUAACUGUGACUGUUUGAGUCUCUAUCUCUUUCUGCCCCACUACACCCAUUAGUGGAAUCUUAAGUUUUUCUGAGGUCCUGAUGAGCUUGGGCAGCCGCUCACCACUGCAAACUUCCGCACGGAUGCCAUUGGCUUUCAGUCUUUCACUCACUUCCUUGCAGUACUCGAGCUGUGUGUCAGUCACCGGUAAAAUCCGAGCUUGAAUUGGGGAAAGCCAUAAUGGGAGAUCUCCAGCAUAGUGCUCUAUAAGAACUCCGAAAAACCGCUCUAAGGAGCCAAGGACUGCUCUAUGAAUCAUUAUUGGUCGCUUCUUCUCUUGACUUGAAUCAACAUACGUGAUGUCAAAACGCUCAGGAAAUAAAAAUAUUAUUCACCUGUAUAGUUGAGCACUGCCAUUUCCUUCCAAGAGCAUCCUCUAUUUUGAGGUCAAUUUUGGGGCCAUAAAAAGCACCACCACCUUCAUCGAUCUCAUAACUCCAACCUUUGUCAUCUAAAGCAUUCUUAAGAGCAGCUGUUGCUUUAUCCCAAAUAUCAUCGCCACCAACAAAUUUCUCAGGUCUCGUUGAGAGGUUUACUUCAUAUUUGUCGAAACCAAAUUGGAGCAGUAUUUCCUCGGUAAGAUCCAGGACACCCCUGAUUUCAUCUUUAAUUUGAUCUUUCAGACAAAAUAUGUGUGCAUCAUCCUGGGUAAAUCCCCUAACUCGGAAGAGGCCAUGCAGACUUCCAGAUAACUCGUAUCUAUAUACCGUCCCAAGUUCAGCAAACCUGAUUGGGAAAUCUCUGUAUGAGUGGAGCUUCCUUUUGUAAACCAAUAUAUGGUAAGGACAAUUCAUUGGUCGAAGCUGGUAAUGUUCAUCUUCUAUCUCCAUUUUAUCAAACAUGCUCUCUUUGUAAAAUUCAAGAUGACCACUAAUCUUCCAGAGAUCUGCUCUUGCUACAUGUGGAGUAUAGAGCAAGUCAUAGCCGUUUUGUAAGUGAACUUUCUUCCAGGAAGCUUCAAUUAUAUGCCUUAUGAUAGCACCCUUGGGAUGCCAAAAAACCAAUCCCCCACCAGCCUCAUCCUGCAGGUAUUUAUCUAAGAUACAAUGUGACCUCAACAAUUUCUUAUCACAAGAAUGUUAGGAUCUAACAUGACUCUACCCUACCCCCCUGACUCUGUUGAACAGAUCCUGAAUAAAGUAGCUGUCAUGUGCAUUAAGUGAAAAUGUAACAAGAGGAAAAACUUAACCUUUGUUUGAUUUUUUUUUCCUUUUCCCAAAAAAAAACUCAAGAGAAAACUGAGAUAUUAAAAAAUCGAAAAUAGCAGAGCUCAGUAUGCGUCAUUUCUGCUAUACGAAUAGAAAAUUUCCUCCGCAAAUGAUAUGCAACUCCAGCAUUUGCAGACUAAAGGCAUUGAAGGAUUUGAAUUUUCGCUAAAUGUGUUUUUAAGAUACCAGCUAGAGUAAAAAAGGGAGAUCAUACACAUAUAUAAUUACUUUUUCAGUUCAUUCGCAUAAUCAUCUUCGUCACCAAGUCUCAAUACUCUACGAUCAUUUGGAGAACAUGUUGGAUAAAGAAGAAUCUUUCACAUUGCAUUAUAUACAAGUUAAGUACUCAAUUUUUUUUAUCACUGAUUAAACUAUAACGAGAACUAAAGCACUCAUGAUAGGGGAAAAAAAAGAAAGAAA